CAAUUUGAAAUUCUACUUGUUAUUAAAUAAAUUUACCCCAAUGGUUCAGUGAAUGUGUUUGGACACGAUUUGAGCAGAAAGGCCAAGGGUGCAAGCUUGGGUAUCGCCCGGUACCAGUCCACGGAGUGGAACGUCGUGGUACGGAGUGCGUAAAAUACAUCACUCCAUGUUACCGCACACCUUACUAUCACCAUGCAAAGUUUAAAUUGUUAUUUUUUAAUAAUUUAAUUUAUCCUGCUCUGGUGAUAUCAACUUACGAGUGAACGUGUUUGGACACGAUUUGAGCAGAAGGCCAUGGGGGGCAAGCAGUGGUAUCGCCCGGUACCAGUCCACGGAGUGGAACGUCGUGGUACGGAGCAAAAUACAUUUACUUCGUGAUGCCUUUUCUGUAUAAAUGAAAUGUCCGCAAGGGAGUUUGGAAUAUGAAGGGUGGGAAAGGGCCUUGACAGUAAUUCUCACAUUGACCUAUGGUGGACGUACCCAUUGUUUAAUACCAAGGCAAGAAGAGAUUGCCCCUGAUUGGCUUACAGUGCGCGUGUUGCGUCUUAAAUACGCCCAUUUAUGUUAAUUGGCCCCGCGCUUGUCCUGGAAUAAAACGUGCGGGGCGGGCGGGGAGCCCCGAUUUACUUGUAAGGUUCCAUCAUCCACAACACUGUUGAGGGGAAAACACGAGAGUGCAACUGAAAAUAAGUUUGUGGGAGCUUUCUUUUCAGUUUGACACGAUAAAUCUGGAGAUUUUCCAGCGAUAUGGAGCGAUUUGUUGGUAUUGUGUUGUUGGUAGUUGCCGGUGUGUUGUCGGUAACCGGAGGGGCUGCUAUCUCGACUGCGUCCAACCCGGUGUGCGUGAGCAACACCAGAGAUGUCCAGGCGGCCAUUAAUGUAAUCAAAGAUGAUCUUCAAGGCUUGGAGACAAUCAAAGAAAGUAUUACGACCCGUUUGGACAAUCUGAUGUCGGCACUGCGUACAGACAACGUGGACGAUGAUGUCGCCAAUACCAUCAGUGUUUUGCUGGAGUACAUACCGGGUGUGGGAUCGCUGUACAAAGCAUCGCAAACCUUCAUCAAUUCCCUGGAACAAGAAGGUCCAGGUCUGAACCUCAUCAACGGUGACAUCAAAGACUUUCUUUACUUUGACAACUUCGACCAUCCAAGUGUGGUGACAGUCCACUCAGUAUUUGAGAACCUUUCUAUUGGUGCCUUCCGUAGCGUCAUGAACUCACUUAGGAGACGGCGGAACGAGGAGAUGGUCGAGGCAGCCGUGAAACGUCAUCUUGCCGAUGUCGACUUCAACAAGAAAGGCUUUCUUUUGGUUCACCAUCUGCAGGCAAAUGAUCCAUUCCAUGAGCAAUUCCUAAGCAAUAGAGUCACCAUUGCAAAGUAUGCCCUCACCAAUCAAGCAGUUUACAUCGGUCUUAUCUCAUACAAUUAUUACGUAGAUAAGUCGGUAAUUGCGUUCAUCGUUCCACGUGGGUUUCAAGAGGGCGCCCCAGCAAAGAUCACACAUAAAUUCGACGUACUUUCGGAUGGUACACCAGACUUUAUUUCCAAGUCAAUUGGGACCUUUGGGGAAUGCGAAGUUGACGCUUCAGGGCCAGCUAAUCUGACGAUUGAAGUGUUAAGAAAUGAGAUUUACUAUUGGUUUAAGGGUACAGUGUACAUUGGGGACCUUGAAAUAUUGGAUGAAGGAAAAGACGAGUACCGACUUAUCAAUGGUUACGUGGACUUGACUAUGUUUUCCACAAAUCCAAACUUGCCCCUUGGUUAUAUUACAAGGCUUGAGCUCCUGGUAGAACCACAGGAGUAAAAGGCAACUAAUAUAAUCCACGUGGCCCUGACCCACUCCAGGGUCAGUUUGACCCAAAAUGUGUCAACAUGAACUCGGAACGGGUCAAAUUGGUGCGGAAUCUGAGUUUAAAUCCCAUUUUUAACCACUGACCAGAAAUAAAAUGAGGCCCCCAAAAAAUCAGAGUUAAUUUUUUUUUGACACAGCUUCUUGGUCAACCUGACCCCCGGAAAUUUAUUACUUGGUUUGUGGAUAAUAUAGCCCAACUCGGAAUCCGAAUAAAAAUCAAUUUCUUAAAAUUUGGAAGAAAAACAGCUUUGACGCUCAAGUUUUGUGCCUAGAGAUGUUGAAUUCGAGAUCUCAGCUGAGGUCUCGAAUUCAAUUAAAAUAUUUAGUAUGAAAUUACUGCUUUAUAAAAAAAACUACGUUAC